AUGGGCGAUUACUAUCACCACUUCCUCUCCUCAAUGUCUGGGGCGGGGAUGAAUCCAGUCACUACACCCGAGGAAAUGUUCGUGCCACACCUGCAUGGACAACCAAUUCCUAUCCCAUCGGCUCCGGUACCUGGUCCAUACCAGCAACUAGGAUACUUCACGGGUUUCCCGGAACCCAUGAUGUUUAACCCGUCCAAGCCACAAAAGAGUCGAAGGAAGUCCGGCCCUGCCACUGGGACAGGCAUGGAUCAUGUAAAGCACCGUCGGACGCGCUCGGGCUGCUUUAUGUGCAGGAGUCGGAGAGUCAAAUGCGACGAGACACGACCGAUUUGCGAACGUUGCAAGAAAGGAAAUCGCGAAUGUGUUUACCCCGAGCCUCCGAAUUCAAAGGGCUCAUCUGGGAGCGGCAGAUCAAAGGACCCAGGGGCAGGGACGCAAGCGAGCCCGUCGUCCUCGACCGCGGAUGAUGACGAAGACACGGAGCAAGAAAGCAGGCUUGAAACAAUUCUAGACGAGGACGAAUCCGAAGACCCGGCGCAGAGGACUUCGAAAGGUUCCAAGGGUUUGGGGAAUAUGCCUUCACGACGUCAACCCUCCGAGGCCCCAUCACAAGCCAGUACGAAAAGCUCAUCUCCAUCAACCGCAACGGCCACUCCUAUUAGUCUCUCAACUACCUCGUAUCCGUCUGUCGAGUUUCCACUUCAUCUAGGGCCACCUGAUUGGUCUCAUCUUCCGCCAGAUUUUCAACGAUGCCUCGGGCACUUCGUUGAUAACAUGACCAACUUUCAUUACUGCAUCCCUCACGACUCGGAUGAAUUCUUCAAGACCAUCUUCCCGAGUGCAGCUCUAAGGCACGAGCCGCUGCUCAACGCCUUGGUUGGGUUCUCUGCCUACCACCUGACCCUUCAGGACCCAAAUGGGAAGCUACAGGAUUUUCUCCAAUAUUACAAUAGAAGUGUUACCUUGUUAUUGGGCACUCUAAAGCGGAAAGAGAAACAUACCGUAGCAACGCUCUUGACCAUCUUGCAGCUAGCUACGAUCGAGGAGUAUUUGGGUGAUUGGGUCAACCUGAUGGGCCACCAAAAAGCAGCGCUCGAAAUCCUUACUAGCAUGUUCACACCUCAAACGAUUAUGCAGACUCCUAUGGGCCGCAUGUGUCUCCAGUGGUACGCCCGGUUUGACAACUUUAUUGCUUUGAUGGGAGGUUUCCCAACCGACCUGCCCCGCGAGUGGUUCACUGCCAUGGUGGAAUUCCACCAAUCGCAGAUGAUAACAUAUCCCGAGGAGUUGCGUUGGAGAAUUGAAGAGUGGUCUGCAAGGCUUCGUCUGAUUUCGUAUGACAUGUCGAUCCUGUUCGCACGGGGCAGUCGAGGCCAAAUCUCCGCCGACCAAUUUGCUCUUGAACACGAUCAGAUGACCAGACUUCUCGUCGAGUGGAAGGAGACGAGAGAUCCUACAUUAUCCGAUACCAGAUACCUCGUUACCGAUUAUCCGACACCACAACACUCAGAUCCCGACGAUAUUGUCGACCCAUACACCCCCGGAAUUCUUUACGAACAUCCAUUAUUUACGACAACGAUUCUCUGUGCUGAAUGGAAUUCCAUCAUGAUCAUGCACAAAUGCCAGUCAUCAACUAUGUCGCCAGAAAUUCUGUUUGGGGAGUUGGGUCAAUACGCUUAUAUGGCGUGCCAAUAUUUCGAGUCUCUGGAAUACUGGCCUUUUACCCCCAAAGGCGUGUUGAUCCUCACCCAGGCAAGUAUUGCUAUUGCUGCUCUAUUUUUACCUCAGGAUGCGCGGCAUCACAUGUGGUUUCGCCGAAAAUUUGCGUUGCUUGAGACUAUGGGAUACAUCCACCCGAUCAGCCUUCGAACCAAAAUGGCCGAAAUGUUUCGAGAUCCAUCAUGCGCUCAGUGGUGGAUUCCGAAUGACGAAAGAUUUAAUAUAGUAUUGCAGAGUAUUCGAGGCUUUGCCGACGAACGAAAUGCCGCCGCCGUGACGGCCCAGCAAGAAAACCUCCGAGAGGUUCGACAUAUCUUUGCAAAGCUAUCGAUGAACGAGCAAGAUAGUGGAUCAUCCACUAUGGGAGAUGGUCCGGCAACCUAA